AUAGUCCGGAUAAAAAAUAUACGGGAUACCGAUUACCGGCAUUUAAAUGAUUUAGUAAAUGUGACAGUUUAGUAGAUUUUACGGUGACGAGAAAAAGCGAAAAUGCCGACGCUUGAAGACAAAGCGAUUUGGGAUGAUGGAGAGGAGUCUUUGGGUGAAGAAGUGCUACGAAUGUCAAAUGAUGAAAUAGUUAGCAGAACACGACUCCUAGAUAAUGAAAUAAAGAUAAUGAAGUCUGAAAUCAUGAGAAUUUCACAUGAACUACAAGCACAGAAAGAGAAAAUCAAGGAAAACACAGAGAAGAUUAAAGUGAAUAAAACACUACCGUACUUGGUAUCAAAUGUGAUUGAGUUGCUAGAUAUGGAUCCUCAAGACCAGGGAGAGGAAGAUGGGGCUAAUAUAGAUCUGGAUGCUCAGAGGAAAGGCAAAUGUGCUGUCAUUAAAACUUCUACCAGACAGACUUACUUCUUACCUGUCAUUGGACUAGUAGAUGCUGAAAAGCUGACACCUGGUGAUCUUGUGGGUGUAAAUAAAGACUCGUACCUGAUACUGGAGACAUUACCAGCAGAAUAUGAUUCUCGUGUGAAGGCUAUGGAGGUAGAUGAACGACCAACUGAACAGUACAGUGACAUUGGUGGUCUCGAUAAACAAAUUCAGGAGCUGAUUGAGGCUGUAGUUUUACCAAUGACACACAAAGAGAGGUUUGAAGCUCUUGGUAUACAGCCACCUAAAGGUGUUCUAUUAUACGGCCCACCAGGAACUGGAAAAACACUAUUGGCAAGAGCUUGUGCUGCACAGACUAAAUCCACUUUCUUAAAGCUUGCAGGUCCACAAUUAGUUCAGAUGUUUAUAGGAGAUGGAGCUAAACUUGUUAGAGAUGCUUUUGCACUGGCCAAAGAGAAGGCUCCAGCUAUUAUAUUCAUUGAUGAGUUAGAUGCUAUAGGUACAAAGAGAUUUGAUAGUGAGAAAGCCGGGGACCGUGAAGUACAGAGAACUAUGUUAGAGUUACUUAACCAGAUGGAUGGUUUCCAGCCCAGUUCAAUGAUCAAGGUUAUUGCAGCAACAAAUAGAGUAGAUAUAUUGGAUCCAGCUUUACUAAGAUCUGGUAGAUUGGACAGAAAGAUUGAAUUCCCCAACCCUAACGAAGAGGCUCGGGCAAGAAUCUUACAGAUUCACUCCAGAAAAAUGAACGUUAGUAAGGAAGUGAAUUACGAGGAGUUGGCCAGAUGUACCGAUGAUUUUAAUGGAGCACAGCUCAAAGCUGUCUGUGUUGAAGCUGGAAUGAUUGCAUUGAGACGAGGAGCUACCGAGUUACAACAUGAAGAUUAUAUGGAUGGUAUCAUUGAAGUUCAGGCGAAGAAGAAAGCCAAUCUACAAUAUUACGCUUAAUUGUUCCUGUGGUUUGCUGGUGCCAGAGGAUGAGUUCCAUUAAAUGUGAACAUUGAAUAUUCUUUGAUUGACUCUUUGUCAUAGUGAAGUUAAAACUUGAAAUAUCGACCAUUGUCAUUCUGUGAAAAAUGUUUUGUUUUUUUCCAUUUUUCAAAGAAGCAAUUGAAUUGUAAAAAUUCUGAUAUAAAAGUGCUUGAAAAUGUUGAUAACUAGCUACAUGUACAUGUAAUUUGUGAUGUUCAAUGAUAUAUUUAUUAUACAAAAUUCAUGGAGACACUAUAUUAGUUGUUGCAUUGUAUUUAAUUGAGUAACACAUUGUACAUGUUAAAAUAGAGGAAUAAAAAUAGUUAUUUCA